AUGGCUGUCAGCACAGCAGCUACAACCGUCCUGCCUCCAGUGAAGAGCGUGGUGGUCUACAGGAAUGGAGACCCUUUCUACAAUGGGCGUAGGUUUGUGGUGAACCAGCGACAGGUGGCCACUAUGGAGGCCUUUCUGAAUGAAGUGACUCAGAGCAUUGGUGCCCCGCUUGCCAUCAGGACUCUGUACACCCCCAGACAGGGCCACAGGGUCACAGACCUGCAGGACCUGCAGACUGGAGCCCAGUAUGUCGCAGCUGGCUUUGAGAGGUUUAAGAAACUAGAGUGAGUACAAAAACCUGUAAAACUAGGGAUUAUGUUCAUGUAUAGUACUUCUACUAGCAUUUUCGGUAACACUUUACAAUAACCAUAACUUAUAAAUGGUAAAUAGAACAUUUAUAAAUGGUAAUAUAAUUAGCAUAUAGACCAUUAAUAAAUUGUAAAUUUGACAGUUUUAAAAACCUGACCCUAACCCUAACUUUACGAGAACCAUCUAAGUAAUGUUUAUUGGUGGUUUACAAACCACCUAUUAAUUAUUCACAAAGUAUUACAAACAUCAGUUAUGUGAUACUCACAAAAGUGUUUUUGUAGAGUUAUUAUUAUUGUUUUAUCUCCUCUGAAGUCACUUUUGGUUUAUUGCUGGGGGGGGGGGGGGGGGGGCAAAGGAAAUUGUUCAUGUUAUUGAGUUUAUUUCUUGAAGACUGAGAAAAAUAUACAUUUCAUGAGAAUGUUAUCCAAAUAUGGUUUAUACCAGUGCUUUAAUGCAGACAGAAUAACAGAUUUAAUUUAUUGUUGCAGUGAAAAGGUUAAAAAUGUGAGAAUGAACAAAAUCCGUUGGACUUGGAGAAUGAGCAGUCCUGGUCCUGUUUCACUUUACUCUUCCUUGUUUCCAGCACUCCUGUCCAGGAUUAUCUAUCGGCUAGCGGCCUAGCCGGGACCCGCUUCAGUUACAACUUAAUAACAAUCUCAAUAAUGUUUAUAGAUUGUUUAAAAACUAAAUAUUAACCAUUUACAAGGUGCUACUGACACACAUUGUAAUCUAGACAUUUUACAACCAAUAUUUAAACCCUAUAUAAACCUUUAAUAAAUAGUCCAUUAAUAAUUAAUGAAAAUAAUUAAUCAUAGUUUCAUUGCUAUCUAUUUACCAUUUAUAAAUUUUGGUUAUUGUAAAGUGUUACCCAUUUUUUAAUGAAAUAUGUGAUUUUUGUGUUUAGUUACCUGAACACAGGAGUGAAAAAGCCAGUGCCUCGAGAGGAUAUCCAGGUAGGCCCUAGAGUCAACAGCUUGUUUUUUUAGACCAACAGCAGAGUCCAUCAUUCAUUAAUCCAAGUCUAACUGGAAAGAAUGCACCACCAUGCAGGCUGAACUAAAAUCAAGUAGAUCCAUGCCAAGUCAAAUAUGCCGUUACAGAGAAAAGCCCAUUAAUGUAGUAACAUAUUGCAUUAUAAGCAUAUUUCAUUCAGAUGUACAUUGUGGCAUGUGUGCAGAGUCUAUUUUUGUGCUUGCCAUCCUGCUGAUGCCACUAACUGUGAUGUUAAAUACUUCAAAUAAUGGGAUGAUCACACGCCACUGUGCUGUCCAUCCAGCAGUCACCCUAGCUGUGCUUUGUGCUAUUUCAGGAGUCUUCAUGAGACAUAAGAUUGAGUAUUUAAAGCUGGAUUGAGUCCGAGAUUCCCUCUGUUUCUAUGUUUGUGAACACAUCUGAGGUUGUUGGUGUUAAAUCUUCGUCUUUACAUAAAAAUAAAACAGGUUGUGGUGAUGAUGAAAUGUUCUCCUAACUGCCACACAUUUAUUUCAGUAGUUACAGCAGUUACACACACACACAGCCACUCAUGUUGACAAGUGUACACUUUGUAUUCUGACCACCUGGCAGGAAAGCACUGCUUGGUUUUCAGACACAGUGUGCUCUUAAGUCCUGAGUCUUCAGUGUUAGUUCUGAAACAUGAGUGGAGAGUAAUCGUAUGUGCCUUGGGUGUCUGCCACUUGGAAAGUGCGGUCCUUGGUUUUUAAGUCUUACAUGCUUUGUGUUGUGGUUGCUGUGGAGCGACGCAGGAAGUGUGCCCAUAUGUGCUUGUGUUUGAUCCCAGAAGUGAAACAUAAGCCUCUGCCAGUGUGCAGCGUUAUCAGAGUUUGGUGCAUGUCUGGGCAGGCCUGACACCCAUAUUCAACCCCCGAGAGAUUGCUGUAAAUACAUCCAACGUCUGAUGAUUAAAAGUGAAACAAUAAGGGAUGAUUUUUAAUGUCUGCUUUUAGAUUUAGUCAUUUUGGGAUCAGAUAUCGGCUCCAGAUUUUAUUGAUACAAGACAGCAUAGGUGAAGGCUUUGAGAUAGGGGUGUGUGAAUGUGCCACCAAAGAUGUCUCAGAGUAACAUCAGUUUCCAUAGCUGUGGCACUUGAGCUGACACGAGCAGAAUGGUUGAUCAGUCAUUAGGCAUUGGACAUAAGUGAUUUUGCAGUGAUGGAUGUAUUUUCUAAUUUAUGUAUAGGAGUUGUCAGUAUUGCUGCAAAACUGAAAGUGUUUCACAGCACUUUUAUGGUUAUUUUCUAAAUCUUUCUACAGGGAAAAGCUCUGCAGAGACCAAAUGUUUCUGCUAAAUGGAGGAAAUUUUUACCUGUCCCUUGCAUCUUACAGUGAGUCGGACACACUCUUUCAGAACACAAACAUUAAUCAUCAGUGCAUAUAGAUUAUGUCGAUAAUUAUUAUCUUUCAAGCUUUGAUUCUUAUUUUUCAAAGCUAAAAAUUAAAAAUGUGGAUGUUUACUUUCUGAUCAGUGUAUUCCGUAAUGGGGAUCUCUUGUGUCCACCCUUCCGAUUCAUCAUCCCCCGGACUAUGCGGCAGGACCUCGAGCAGAUACUCAGUCUGGUCACAGAGAAGGUCAGCUUACGAACUGGAGCUGUUCGUAGGUCAGUGACACAGCUGCACACAUACGCUUUGAGGAAUACAAAUAGAAAGAGAGUGAGACCCAGUAAAUGCCCCCUUUCACCCUUCUGCUCUCUCAGGUUGUGCACUCUUGAAGGAGUGACUGUGGCCUCAGCUGCAGAGCUGGAGACUGGCCACUGCUAUGUUGCCGUGGGAACUGAAAAGUUCAAGAAACUUCCAUAUGUGGAGCUGUUGGUUUCAAAAGCGACUGAGAGGUAUUGUUUUGCAAGGUCCUCUUUUGUUGGUGUGUGAAAAAGUCUCCUUUUGUGCAGCUGUAGUGACUAAGAUGUUCUUUAGUAAAAAAAAAGAAUUAUAAAUAAUAAUGAAGCAAUACCAGGAAAAAAAUACUCUGUACUUUUUUAUGUGUAGAUAUCACCCAGGAAAGAGACGGCUGUUAAGAAGAAAUGAGGUAAUUUUUAAACUCUUGUGUACAACUAUUAAGUCAUCAGUUUAUGUAGAUUUGCUCCAUGAUUAAAUCAUAAUUCACUGAAUCCAUCUUAUCAUGAGUGGUUUGGCAUCUUGAACAAAUUGGAUCAUUUUGUAUUUUAUUGAAUCACACCACAUGAUUCAUGUGCCAUGUUUGUGAUUUGUUUGCGUCUCAUAGAACAGAAAAGCGGGGAGCGGUCCAGAGGACCAGUACAGUGACUCGGCUCUCCUUGACUCCCCUGAGGUGAGAAACCCAAUCUUUUAUUUACACUACAGGAGCUAUACCAGGACUGUUAACUGGAUUAAUGUUUACAGCCUAACGCAUUCAGUAUACCACUGAGAAAACCUCUUUAGCCCUUUAACGCCUGACACCACAAAUUAUGGCCAGAAAAUUCAAAUUUUUUUUUGGAGCUGAAAUGUUUAUUUCACUUACUACUGAAAACCAAAAAAAUCAAAAUGUCUUUAGAUUUAACAAAUAUAUUUAUUUAUCUCGUUUGAUACAUUAGAUGUUUUUGGAAACUGAAAAACUACGAGAGGACAUUUUUAUCAUUUAUUUGACUGUAUUCAGGUGGGGUUUUUUUUGUAAUUUGUUGAUUAUAUUGAUUUGAUAGAAGUACAUGGAAGUAUGUAUCAAACAUGAUACAAAAGGCAUUAAAGGGUUAGAUUCGACUCUUUCAGUACAUGAAACCACAUCGAAACCUCUGUAUUCAAUCAUGUUCCAUGAAUUUCAGUUGGACGGCCGCAGAGUGAAGUCAACAGGAGAUGAAGCAGCAGCUCCAGUCGCCACACAGCGGCAAAGGAACAGGAGAGACGCAGCAGAUGAGACCUCCAUGUUCUUCGCUAGGCCCGUGAAGAUCCGCUAUAACAGAGGACCACCAAGACCACCACUCAGGAAUGGAUCCUGUGAGUGUCCCCAUGUAUCAUAUCAAUCUUUUUUUCCCUCCUCCUAGUCACCAUUAUUUUUAUUUUGUGUUAAACAUCAAAACAAAAUCAGCUGCUUGAUUCACAGUUACAGUUCGGGCCACUUUGCUUCAGAGAGCAGGAAGGAAGAAAAGAGAAGAGGUACGAGGGGCUGAGGAGGUCCAUGAGGAUGAAAAUACAGCUAUAGAGCUUCCUGUUGACCAGGUAAGUGCUACUGAAAUGUUGGUGGUAAAGUAACAGCAUGAAAACACAUGUCCAGAGCAGAGAUAAAACUGCCUCUCAUUUUCCUUUUGAAGCGAGUUGCAGAAAUAGUGGAGGAUGAGGAGAUAAACAACCAAGAUGUUCCUUUCCAAAACACAAACCAGGUAGGUAGCAAUUGUUUGUCAUGGCCCAGGUGAAUCAGUCCUUCCCGUUUAGGCUUUCAGGUAUAAAUGUUCAUGCUCAGAUCAAACACUGAACUUAUAAAAAUGAUUUAUUCCUAGAGACGGAUCUUUGGGACCACAAUAGUCCGAAUAAGACAUUUGUUUUUGUACAUUGCAGACCCUUUAGCUGUUUAAGUAUACACACAUGGGCACAUUUUCCAAUCUAUUUCUAUCACAAAUCCAUAUACUAUAUCCUGCAUUUACGCAACACAAAACAUGUUUUGUCAAGAGACUCACAAAUCACAAAAAAGUGAGCGGCACAAUGAGGGGGAACACCCACGCAGGCAGAAUGGAGAGCAGGUACCGUUUAGGCGGGUGGGUGGUUACAUUUACAUAAUCACAAUACACUUGUCCUCAUGAAAAGGUUCAGUUAUCCCUUUAUUUACAAACGGGCUCAGUGUGAUAUUUUUGUCCUACAAAAGGCACCGUCAUCUGGGCAAGAUGGUGUGAAACAGACAGAAAAUUCAACAAGGACUGAAGAGUCUGCUGAAACAGUGGAGGUACAGUAAACACACCUAUACAGAAGAAGAAGAAAAACGCUUAAAUUCGGCAGUCCUGAACAAACUAAAAGUGAGUAAUCUAUAGUUCUUGUCCCUAAAGGAGCCUGAACUGAAGCAGAUGUCUCCUGACCUGCGGCCUUCAUCAUCUACCUCCCAGGGAAAAAUCCAAUAA